AUGUAUCUAUCUAUGUAUCUAUCUGUGUAUGUAUCUAUCUAUAUGUGUAUCUAUCUGUGUAUGUAUCUAUCUAUAUGUGUAUCUAUCUGUGUAUGUAUCUAUCUAUAUGUGUAUCUAUCUGUGUAUGUAUCUAUCUAUAUGUGCAUCCAUCCGUGCAUGCAUCCACAUGUGCAUCCAUCCGUGCAUGUGUGUCCAUCUAUCCAUGUGUCCAUGUGUAUGUAUCCAUCUAUGUGUCCGUGUCCAUCCAUCUAUCUAUGCAUCCAUCUAUCUAUGUAUCUGUCUAUCUAUCUAUGUAUCUAUGCAUCUAUUCAUCUAUGCAUCUGUGUGUGUAUCUAUCAUGUCUGUGCAUCUAUCUAUCUAUGUAUCUGUGUAUCUAUCUAUCUAUGUAUCUAUCUAUCUAUGUAUCUGUGUAUCUAUCUGUGUAUGUAUCUAUCUGUGUAUCUAUCUAUCUAUGUAUCUGUGUAUCUAUCUGUGUAUGUAUCUAUCUGUGUAUCUAUCUAUCUAUGUAUCUGUGUAUCUAUCUGUGUAUCUAUCUAUCUAUGUAUCUGUGUAUCUAUCUGUGUAUGUAUCUAUCUGUGUAUCUAUCUAUCUAUGUAUCUGUGUAUCUAUCUGUGCAUCCAUCCAUCUAUCUGUGUAUGUAUGUAUCUAUCUGUGUAUCCAUCUCAUCUAUGUGUCCGUGUAUGUAUCUAUCUGUCCAUGUAUCUGUGUAUCUAUCUGUGUGUGUAUGUAUCUAUCUAUGUAUCUGUGUAUCUAUCUGUGUAUGUAUCUAUCUGUGUAUGUAUCUAUCUGUGUAUCUAUCUAUCUAUGUAUCUGUGUAUCUAUCUGUGUAUGUAUCUAUCUGUGUAUGUAUCUAUCUGUGUAUCUAUCUGUGUAUGUAUCUGUGUAUCUAUCUAUCUAUGUAUCUGUGUAUCUAUCUGUGUAUGUAUCUGUGUAUCUAUCUGUGUAUGUAUCUGUGUAUCUAUCUGUGUAUCUAUCUAUGUAUCUGUAUCUAUCUGUUUGAUGUUACGUCAAAAUGGCAGCCAUGUAAUGCACCAAACAGUCCGUAAAGAAAGCAAAAAGCAAGAGACUUACCGAGGAACGAAGUACCGCAUUAGUAAUUUGGUUGUGACUUUGGCGAUUGCCUGCUGCUAG